AUACAUUAAAGCUAUUUCUUGAGGAAUGUAUGACCGAGCUAAAAAAACGGGAAUAGAGCGAGUACUUAUUUCAAAGCGCCCGUGUGCCAAAAUAUAUGUAAGAGGCUUUUGGAACGAACGGGUAAAGAAUUGGACUGAAAUCAAAUGAAAAACAAAUGGGACAUAAUGCGGAAAGAGUUCAAAUAUUACGACCGUUUAACAAGACUAGAAAUGGGAAUUUCAAUUGAUCCCGUGAAAAAUACAAUCUCAGCAUCAAUGGAAAGGUGGGAUGAUAAAAUAAAGGAAGAUAAAGAGUUUGCUAAGUUUAUGGAUAAGAAUUUGGAUGUAUAUCAGACAUAUUAUGAGGCUUUAUUUCGAGAUACUGUAGCUAUUGGAGACAGGGCCAAGGUACCUUGUGAAUUUGGCGACAAUAGCACUCCCAAUGAUGUACAACUUGUGGAUAUUACGGAUGGAAGGGGACUGUACAUGAUACGAGAAUUUUUAAUGAAGCGCGAAGGAGACGUUAAGUUAAGUAAGUAUUACCUUGUAGACACUGGAUAUCCUAAUACAAAAGGUUAUCUUGCUCCGUAUAAAGGUUCAAAUAUCCGUUAUCAUAUUCCGUAUUUUCGACGUGGACAAACUUCUGCCUCGCGGGAACCAAAAGGCUUCAAAGAAAAAUUUAACUAUUAUCAUUCGUCACUUCGCAAUAUAAUUGAACGAACUUUUGGAGUCUGGAAGGCUCGAUGGGGGUUACUAAGAGAUAUGCAUGUAAAUUUCGACUUCGAGACCCAAGUUAAAAUUGUCCUAGCUUCAAUGGCGAUUCACAAUUACAUUAGAAUGAGCGGUAGUGGUGAUGCAGCAUUUCAAAUAGCGGAAGAAGAAUCUUAUAUUUCGCGCAAUGACGAAGGACCCAAUAAUGGUAUUGAGCCACAUAACGAAGUAUCAAGUACACAACGUAGAACUGAGGAUAUGUAUAUGUGUGCAGUACGCGAUAUGAUUGCGGGACAGAUUUUCUCAAGGUCAACCACUCGUGCACGUAAUGGCAUAUAA